GUUGGGGGUGGUUUGGGGUUUUGGCUUUGUUUUGUUUUACAGUAUCAACAAUACCUGUACCAACUUCCGGUCUUGUUACCCUGGAAGGCCUCUACACACCAGAAAGAGUAGGGGACGUAUUUGAUAGACCUUAUGAUUUAAAAGGUCAGUUACCUCCAAAAUUUUUCGUACUUGCAAGUUCCAUUUGGGUUAGGGUCUUGAAGAACUUCGUAAAAUACAAGGAUGUAAAUUAGGAGGAGUAGCUUAAUAGGACGUUGACACAUUAGCGUUAAUUGGUUUAUCAGAAUAGCCAAUCAUUACCAAGUUUCUGGAGUGACUAGAACGGGAAAUAGGCAAGUUUGGGAGAACUGAAACCUGACUUAGGCUGGGUGCGGGAAGCCUUAGACACACACACACACAAGUUGGGGUGGAAAGUGGUAGUAUAAGAGAAAAGAUAGUGCAAGUACUUUAGCUUGAAUCUAGAAUUUAAGUUGGUACUAACCUUGCUUCAUUCUGAAAUUUAGAUCGUUUGAAUUACAUUAUUUUAAUAUUUAUUAGGUUCACUUUAUGAUAUAAGCAUAUUAAAUUUAGUCGAAAAAUUUAAAAGAGCCAUAGAUGGGAUAUUCAGCUUAUUCCCAUAAAGCAUGCAUGCUUUUCACUUGUAGGAAAGAUUAUGACUGUUUCUAACUUCAGGUGAGUCAUGCGUGAUUGAAAAUGGGAGUACCUCCUCUUACCUCUGACAAUCCUGGUUUUUUGUUUUGUGUAUUUCAUGAUUGUUUAAAACAAUUUUUUGAAAAAUCAGGGAAUACCUUUUAAAGUACUCCUGUUCUUUUGGGGCUAGAUUGAUGAAGAGAAAAGGAGCAGUGAGAAAGAUUUCCUCUUUCACAGAUACUACUUUAACACUUCCUACCAAAUGGAGAUUUGUUCGCUUUAACCUGUUCCGGAUUUUAAAUGUAAAUACUACCAGGAGGUUUUGGGCGGAAAGACGUAGUUGAAUAUUUGCUUCAGAAUGGUGCAAAUGUGCAAGCACGUGAUGAUGGGGGCCUUAUUCCUCUUCAUAAUGCAUGCUCUUUUGGUCAUGCUGAAGUAGUCAAUCUCCUUUUGCGACAUGGUGCAGACCCCAAUGCUCGAGAUAAUUGGAAUUACACUCCUCUCCAUGAAGCUGCAAUUAAAGGAAAGAUUGAUGUUUGCAUUGUGCUGUUACAGCAUGGAGCUGAGCCAACCAUCCGAAAUACAGAUGGAAGGACAGCAUUGGAUUUAGCAGAUCCAUCUGCCAAAGCAGUGCUUACUGGUGAAUAUAAGAAAGAUGAACUUUUAGAAAGUGCCAGGAGUGGCAAUGAAGAAAAAAUGAUGGCUCUACUCACACCAUUAAAUGUCAACUGCCACGCAAGUGAUGGCAGAAAGUCAACUCCAUUGCAUUUGGCAGCAGGAUAUAACAGAGUAAAGAUUGUACAGCUGUUACUGCAACAUGGAGCUGAUGUCCACGCUAAAGAUAAAGGUGAUCUGGUACCAUUACACAAUGCCUGUUCUUAUGGUCAUUAUGAAGUAACUGAACUUUUGGUCAAGCAUGGUGCCUGUGUAAAUGCAAUGGACUUGUGGCAAUUCACUCCUCUUCAUGAGGCAGCUUCUAAGAACAGGGUUGAAGUAUGUUCUCUUCUCUUAAGUUAUGGUGCAGACCCAACACUGCUCAAUUGUCACAAUAAAAGUGCUAUAGACUUGGCUCCCACACCACAGUUAAAAGAAAGAUUAGCAUAUGAAUUUAAAGGCCACUCGUUGCUGCAAGCUGCACGAGAAGCUGAUGUUACUCGAAUCAAAAAACAUCUCUCUCUGGAAAUGGUGAAUUUCAAGCAUCCUCAAACACAUGAAACAGCAUUGCAUUGUGCUGCUGCAUCUCCAUAUCCCAAAAGAAAGCAAAUAUGUGAACUGUUGCUAAGAAAAGGAGCAAACAUCAAUGAAAAGACUAAAGAAUUCUUGACUCCUCUGCACGUGGCAUCUGAGAAAGCUCAUAAUGAUGUUGUUGAAGUAGUGGUGAAACAUGAAGCAAAGGUUAAUGCUCUGGAUAAUCUUGGUCAGACUUCCCUACACAGAGCUGCUUAUUGUGGUCAUCUACAAACCUGCCGCCUACUCUUGAGCUAUGGGUGUGAUCCUAACAUUAUAUCCCUUCAGGGCUUUACUGCUUUACAGAUGGGAAAUGAAAAUGUACAGCAACUCCUCCAAGAUUUCGUACAUAAUCUACCAAAUUGUAAAAGAACUUUUUCUGAUGAGAUGCCUUCCGUAAAGCUUGGUUCCAUCUUCCAAAUAGAGAAACUGUGUACUGUUCAGAGUGUCAACUGCAGAGACAUUGAAGGGCGUCAGUCUACACCACUUCAUUUUGCAGCUGGGUAUAACAGAGUGUCCGUGGUGGAAUAUCUGCUACAGCAUGGAGCUGAUGUGCAUGCUAAAGAUAAAGGAGGCCUUGUACCUUUGCAUAAUGCAUGUUCUUAUGGACAUUAUGAAGUUGCAGAACUUCUUGUUAAACAUGGAGCAGUAGUUAAUGUAGCUGAUUUAUGGAAAUUUACACCUUUACAUGAAGCAGCAGCAAAAGGAAAAUAUGAAAUUUGCAAACUUCUGCUCCAGCAUGGUGCAGACCCUACAAAAAAAAACAGGGAUGGAAAUACUCCUUUGGAUCUUGUUAAAGAUGGAGAUACAGAUAUUCAAGAUCUGCUUAGAGGAGAUGCAGCUUUGCUAGAUGCUGCUAAGAAGGGUUGUUUAGCCAGAGUGAAGAAGUUGUCUUCUCCUGAUAAUGUAAAUUGCCGUGAUACCCAAGGCAGACACUCAACACCUUUACAUUUAGCAGCUGGUUAUAAUAAUUUAGAAGUUGCAGAGUAUUUGUUACAACACGGAGCUGAUGUGAAUGCCCAAGACAAAGGAGGACUUAUUCCUUUACAUAAUGCAGCAUCUUACGGGCAUGUAGAUGUAGCAGCUCUACUAAUAAAGUAUAAUGCAUGUGUCAAUGCCACGGACAAAUGGGCUUUCACACCUUUGCACGAAGCAGCCCAAAAGGGACGAACACAGCUUUGUGCUUUGUUGCUAGCCCAUGGAGCUGACCCGACUCUUAAAAACCAGGAAGGACAAACACCUUUAGAUUUAGUUUCAGCGGAUGAUGUCAGCGCUCUUCUGACAGCAGCCAUGCCCCCAUCUGCUCUGCCCUCUUGUUACAAGCCUCAAGUGCUCAAUGGUGUGAGAAGCCCAGGAGCCACUGCAGAUGCUCUCUCUUCAGGUCCAUCUAGCCCAUCAAGCCUUUCUGCAGCCAGCAGUCUUGACAACUUAUCUGGGAGUUUUUCAGAACUGUCUUCAGUAGUUAGUUCAAGUGGAACAGAGGGUGCUUCCAGUUUGGAGAAAAAGGAGGUUCCAGGAGUAGAUUUUAGCAUAAUUCAAUUCGUGAGGAAUCUUGGACUUGAGCACCUAAUGGAUAUAUUUGAGAGAGAACAGAUCACUUUGGAUGUAUUAGUUGAGAUGGGGCACAAGGAGCUGAAGGAGAUUGGAAUCAAUGCUUAUGGACAUAGGCACAAACUAAUUAAAGGAGUUGAGAGACUUAUCUCCGGACAACAAGGUCUUAACCCUUAUUUAACUUUGAACACUUCUGGUAGUGGAACAAUUCUUAUAGAUCUGUCUCCUGAUGAUAAAGAGUUUCAGUCUGUGGAGGAAGAGAUGCAAAGUACAGUUCGAGAGCACAGAGAUGGAGGUCAUGCAGGUGGAAUCUUCAACAGAUACAAUAUUCUCAAGAUUCAGAAGGUUUGUAACAAGAAACUAUGGGAAAGAUAUACUCACCGGAGAAAAGAAGUUUCUGAAGAAAACCACAACCAUGCCAAUGAACGAAUGCUAUUUCAUGGGUCUCCUUUUGUGAAUGCAAUUAUCCACAAAGGCUUUGAUGAAAGGCAUGCGUACAUAGGUGGUAUGUUUGGAGCUGGCAUUUAUUUUGCUGAAAACUCUUCCAAAAGCAAUCAAUAUGUAUAUGGAAUUGGAGGAGGUACUGGGUGUCCAGUUCACAAAGACAGAUCUUGUUACAUUUGCCACAGGCAGCUGCUCUUUUGCCGGGUAACCUUGGGAAAGUCUUUCCUGCAGUUCAGUGCAAUGAAAAUGGCACAUUCUCCUCCAGGUCAUCAUUCAGUCACUGGUAGGCCCAGUGUAAAUGGCCUAGCAUUAGCUGAAUAUGUUAUUUACAGAGGAGAACAGGCUUAUCCUGAGUAUUUAAUUACUUACCAGAUUAUGAGGCCUGAAGGUAUGGUCGAUGGAUAAGUAGUUAUUUUAAGAAGCUAAUUCCACUGAACCUAAAAUCAUCAAAGCAGCAGUGGCCUCUACAAAUUACUCCUUCGCUGAAAAAAAAUAAUCUUGCCCACAGGCCUGUGGCAAAAGGAUGAAAAUGUGAACGAAGUUUAACAUUCUGACUUGAUAAAGCUUUAAUAAUGUACAGUGUUUUCUAAAUAUUUCCUGUUUUUUCAGCACUUUAACAGAUGCCAUUCCAGGUUAAACUGGGUUGUCUGUACUAAAUUAUAAACAGAGUUAACUUGAACCUUUUAUAUGUUAUGCAUUGAUUCUAACAAACUGUAAUGCCCUCAACAGAACUCAUUUUACUAAUACAAUACUGUGUUCUUUAAAACACAGCAUUUACACUGAAUACAAUUUCAUUUGUAAAACUGUAAAUAAGAGCUUUUGUACUAGCCCAAUAUUUAUUUACAUUGCUUUGUAAUAUAAAUCUGUUUUAGAACUGCAGCGGUUUACAAAAUUUUUUCAUAUGUAUUGUUCAUCUGUACUUCAUCUUACAUCGUCAUGAUUGAGUGAUCUUUACAUUUGAUUCCAGAGGCUAUGUUGAGUUGUUAGUUGGGAAAGAUUGAGUUAUCAGAUUUCAUUUGCCGAUGGGAGCCUUUAUCUGUCAUUAGAAAUCUUUCUCAUUUAAGAACUUAUGAAUAUGGUGAAGAUUUAAUUUGUGAUACCUUUGUAUGUAUAAGACACAUUCCAAAGAGCUCUAACUAUGAUAGAUCCUGAUUACUAAAGAAGCUUCUUUACUGGCCUCAAUUUCUAGCUUUCAUGUUGGAAAAUUUUCUAAAGUCAUUCUGUGAAAAUUAGAGCAAAGUGCUCCUGUUUUUUAGAGAAACUAAAUCUUGCUGUUGAACAAUUACUGUGUUCUUUUCAUGGAACGUAAGUAGGAUGUUACAUUUCCAGGGUGGGAAGGGUAAUCCUAAAUCAUUUCCCAGUCUAUUUUAAUUACCUUAAAUCUAAAGGGAAAAAAAAAAUCACCAACAGGACUGGGUAGUUUUUUAUCCUAAGUAUAUUUUUUCCUGUUCUUUUUACUUGGUUUUAUUGCUGUGUUUAUAGCCAAUCUAUACAUCAUGGGUAAACUUAACCCAGAACUAUAAAAUGUAGUUGUCUCAGUCCCCUCCAGGCCUCCUGAAUGGGGAAGUGCAGUGAAACAGGUGCUUCUUGCUCCUGGGUUUUCUCUCCAUGAUGUUAUGCCCAGUUGGAAAUACGCUCUCAGUUUGUGCACUAUAUGGUGACCAGGCCUGUGUUCAGUUUGGCAGCUGUAGAAGGAAAUGCUGUCCCAUAAAAUGCCAUUCCUAUUUUCUAAUAUAACACUCUUUUCCAGGAAGCAUGCUUAAGCAUCUUGUUACAGAGACAUACAUCCAUUGUGGCUUGGCAGUCUCUUUUGUUUGUUGACUUGAGCUCCCUUCAAAGUCGAGGAAAGAUCUUUACUCACUUAUUGAGGACAUUCCCCAUCACUGUCUGUACCAGUUCACCUUUAUUUUACGUUUUAUUCAGUCUGUAAAUUAACUGGCCCUUUGCAGUAACUUGUACAUAAAGUGCUAGAAAAUCAUGUUCCUUGUCCUAAGAGUUAAUCAGAGUAAAUACAUUUCUGGAGUUGUUUCUGUGAUGUAAAUUAUGAUCAUUAUUUAAGAAGUCAAAUCCUGAUCUUGAAGUGCUUUUUAUACAGUUCACUAAUAAUUACAAAUAUCCUAAAGUCAUUUCUUGGAACACAAGUGGAGUAUGCCAAAUUUUAUAUGAAUUUUUCAGAUUAUCUAAGCUUCCAGGUUUUAUAAUUAGAAGAUAAUGAGAGAAUUAAUGGGGUUUAUAUUUACAUUCUCUCUCAACUAUGUAGCCCAUAUUACUCACCCUAUGAGUGAAUCUGGAAUUGCUUUUCAUGUGAAAUCAUUGUGGUCUAUGAGUUUACAAUACUGCAAACUGUGUUAUUUUAUCUAAUCCAUUGCUUAAUGAGUGUGUUUUUCCAUGAAUGAAUAUACCGUGGUUCAUAUGUUAGCAUGGCAGUAUUUUCAGAUAGCUUUUUGUUUGUUGGGAAGUUGGGGUUUUGGGGGGAGGGGGAGUAUUAGUACGUUGCAUGAAAUAGCUUACUUUAUAAUGAUGGAAUUGGUUUUUCUUUUGUCUUGUGAUUUUUUUUUUGAAGUGAAAUUUAACUUUUUGUGCAAGUAGUACUAUUAUACCCAUCUUCAGUGUCUUACUUGUACUGUAUCACAUUCCAUACCCUCAUUUAAUUCUUAAUAAAACUGUUCACUUGUUUUUCUGGGUAGCAUGGUAAUUACUGGAAUACUAUAAAUGUGUUGAAUGGUCUUUGAGAAAAUGAAUUAAGAUUACAAUAAACCACAAUUGCAGGGAAACAAUGUA